AUGAAGACGGAGUCGUCGAAACGGUCGCAGGGGAUUGGACAGUUGAUAAAUUGGCUGAAAGAAAAUAACGCGAACGUUGACGGAGCGAGCGUCGCCGAGUUUCCAGGAUACGAUUUGGGCUUGAAAGCUGAGCGUGAUUUUCUUGAAAAUGAAUUGAUUUUAAAGAUACCAAGGAAUCUUAUUUUCAAUACCGUAAACGCGGCGCCUGAGUUGACAGCUCUCAAAAAUGAUCCGUUGAUACAAGAUAUGCCUCAAGUGGCACUUGCGAUUGCGCUUCUUAUCGAGAGACACAAAGAAAAUUCGAAAUGGAAAGCUUACUUGGAUAUCCUUCCUACUACUUACACCACUGUGAUGUAUAUGACGGCUGCUGAUAUGAUCGAACUUAAAGGCAGCCCUACAUUAGUGGCCGCUUUGAAACAGUGUAGAAACAUCGCACGACAGUAUUCCUAUUUUAAUAAGAUAUUUCAAAAUGACAAUAACGCUGUAUCUGCUGUACUCAGGGAUGUUUUUACAUACGACAGAUACUGGUGA